GCUCAGCUGGCUUUGUGGGGAGGGAGUUUCCAAUCGUGUGGCCCCCCAUGGUUCUGCCACGUAGCCCCAAGCUGCGCAGCAAGGCGCCUCCCCGAGUGAUCCACUGGGUGAGAGAGACCAAGGAGAAGGAUGAGACUUAUCCAGCUGUGAGGCAGGCACAGCGAUUGCUGCCCAGAUUGCUUGGUGCCAACGAAUCCAACUUUGCUCAGGCUGGGCUACAGUCAUUCUCCUCACCGACAUUUUCGGCGACAGCUAUGGACAAGCCAGACAGUGCUGUCCCUGUCCCUCUGAAGAGCAAAAUGUAUGCCCAUGCGCUGGGCGAGUUCCGACGUCUUCCCAACUUGCAGAAGUUCAAACUUUGCAAUGCCCUGAUGGCGAGAACUGCGCGUCCGGAGCCUUAGCCGUAAUUACCCAGCGUUUGGCCUUGUACUUCGGAUGCAUUGCCUGGGAUGCACCAAAUGAAUUACAUCAUUGAUCAAUGGUGAUGGAUGGUGAAGGUUGUUUUCCUUGAAUGCUGCAUGUCCAGGUCUACAUGUCAUCGUUUCUUCCGUGGAAAAAACGUCGCCCCAGAUCGGCCUAGGCAUGAGAAGGAAGAGCUCUGAACGAACUCCCUCUGGGACAGGACACAGGGGACGGCAGACAUUUCUAUGUGAUCUCGUGAUUUGCAACUCUUUAUGUUCCAAUGCCUGGUGCGAAGGUUCCGAGCAUCCGAUGGUUCCGAGAUCCCCGUUGAUCGAUUCUGGUGUCAAACAGUAGGGUCUUCCCCCUCCGCUAUAGAGAUUCGAUCGGCCACGGGGUGAUGGGUCAUUCCUCCUGAGCUUGGAAUGUGCCUUCAUUCCUAAGUGGCUUGUUUAGCAAGUGCGGUGUGAACUGUACCUGGCCCAAGACAUGUCAUGCGAAAUCAACAUCGAGUGUCUCUCGCACCUCACACCCUUGGAUUCACACUGACGCGCCGAAGAUUUUGGCCCACAAGCCUAUGGCCGUAGGCCGCAAAAGAUUCAGAUCCAACACCCCGGAAGAGGGACAUGUUCAUGAUCUCUUGUUUUGGGGACCAGUGGUUUGCCACACAUUCCAAAGUCUCGCAGGCAAAUUCAAGUGAGAUGGGCUAUGCCGCUAAGCCGUCCACGAAGUCUAAGACUCGCAGUUGGGCGGCUUUUGCAUCAUUUUCCCUUUUCCAUUCCAAGACGAUCUGGUGGUCGAACGGAUCCCUAGAGACUCUUGGAUGCCUCACUUUUGAACACUUUUGAUUUUAAUCUGGCUUCCCGGAAGGCGGUCCUUUUGCCCCCGGACCUUUGUCCGGGACAAAGGCGCAUUAGAG